UACUAAUAUGCCGCAGGCAAUUAUAAUGCACAGCUGGGCUGUGAACGAAGGGUCAGAAGUAAGGGAGAAGUCUAUCCUAAGUCCUACCCGAGCCAUCAGCGGAGUCCCUGCUUCCUUUCAAUCAGCCAGCUGCGGCCGGUCUGCUGCAAGCCAGGGGCAAUCAUCAGGAAAUUCCCCUGAUAUCAUAACCCGUGACAGCAACCUCUAAUUAAUCAUCAACCUUGUAACAUGAUCCUGGCCCAUAACAAGGAGACUCACUGAAUCUUUGGAAACCUGUCCACGGGCCUUCUCCAGACAAUUCCUUCCAAACCCAGGGACCUGUACCUGAGGACCCCAGGCUGAUGGGGGCCCAGCUCUGCUCCCAGGCUGACGCCAAGGCGCCGCGAGAGACGCUCCGCUUCCACGCCAAGGCUAAGGGCGUGCAGGUGCAUCUGGACGCCCGGCGGUGCACGGCGCAGAGGUGCGCCACGUUCCACGACGGCAUCGUGUUCAGCCAGCGACCGGUGCCGCCCGGCGAGCUGGUGGCUCUGCGCGUGUUGUGGCACGAAACCCACUGGUACGGCGGGCUCCGGGUGGGCUUCACGCGCCUGGACCCCGCACAGGUGUCUGCGCCUAGCCUGCCGCCCUUUGUGUGCCCAGACCUGGAGCAGCAGAGCCCGACGUGGGCUGCCAUGCUGCCCGAGGGCAGCGCGCUGCUGGGGGACGUGAUCCACUUCUGGGUGAACUGCCGAGGCCGGCUCUACGCCAGGGUCAACGCGGGGCCCAGGCUCCUGCUGCGCAAGGGUGUGCCCCUGGACGCCCCACUCUGGGCGGUGAUGGACGUGUACGGGACCACCAAGGCCAUCGAGCUGCUGGAUACCACAGCCAGCGUCAUCCCUUCCACCAUGCCACGGGCCUUCAACGAUGAGACUCUGCAGCCUCAGGCCACAGCAGAAUUGGAGUGCAUCAUCUGUUUUGACAGUGCUGCCAACACCUGCCUUCUUCCCUGCAGUCAUGCAUACUUCUGCAGCUCCUGCGCCUGUCGGGUCCUCAGGGACUCAGCCAAGUGUCCUGUGUGUCGUUGGGAGAUCAAGGCCGUGGCCCCCGCAUGAGGUCCCCCCACCCACAUUCUGGAGGCGUCAGAAAAGCUGGCCAGCAGCAGGCCUGGCAUGAAGAGGGCAGCAGGAAGGCCAUG